CGCGGGCUGAUGGGCAGGCUUCGGCGCGCCAGUGCGCGUGCGCCGGGCGGACAUGGCGGAAGCCGGGGAAGCUUUGCCGCAGCCGGCGGCUUCGGAAGCCCGGGUUGAACUGCCUGCCUCGGUGCGGGCGAACAUCGAGCGGAAACGGCAACGGGCGCUGAUGCUGCGCCAGGCUCGACUGGCAGCUCGGCCCUACCCGGCGACGACGACUGCGGCGGCUACUGGAGGUAUGGCCAAUGUGAAAGCAGCUCCGAAGAUUAUUGACACAGGAGGAGGCUUCAUCCUGGAGGAGGAGAAGGAAGAGGAACAUAAAAUUGAAAAAGUUGUUCAUCAGCCAGGACCUGUUAUGGAAUUUGAUUAUACGUUAUGUGAAGAAUGUGGUAAAGAAUUCAUGGACUCUUACCUCAUGAGCCAUUUUGAUCUAGCAACUUGUGAUAACUGCAGAGAUGCUGAUGAUAAGCACAGGCUUAUAACCAAAACAGAAGCAAAACAAGAAUACCUUCUGAAAGACUGUGAUUUAGAAAAAAGAGAGCCGGCUCUUAAGUUCAUUGUGAAGAAGAAUCCUCAUCAUUCACAGUGGGGUGACAUGAAACUCUACUUAAAACUACAGAUUGUGAAGAGGUCUCUUGAAGUUUGGGGUAGUCAGGAAGCGCUAGAAGAAGCAAGAGAAGUUCGACAGGAAAACCGAGAAAAAAUGAAACAGAAAAAGUUUGAUAAAAAAGUUAAAGAAUUACGGCGAGCAGUAAGAAGCAGUGUGUGGAAAAGAGGAACAGCUGUCCAUCAGCAUGAGUAUGGGCCAGAAGAGGAGCUAGGAGACGAUGUGUACCAGAAGACCUGCGCUGUGUGUGGCCACCUACUGACGUAUGAAAAAAUGUGAUUUCUAGCUAAGUGAUCUGCUUUACAAUUUUCUACUGAAAUAAAGGAAAUUUAGACCAGUCAGUAAAGUUGUAUAAAUAGAAAC